AUUCAUUUGCUAGCCUACUUCCUUAUUUGCUUACUUCCGGAACGGCACAAACGCAAAUCUGUCAGUCGCCGCCAUUUGCACACGAGAGUGUGUUGCCCCAUUUCUCCGUGUUUGAAACAGAACCGUGUUAACCCCUAAAAUGUCGGCUCACGAGCAAAUGCGUCAAAUGCUGGACCAGCUUAUGGGCACCGGCCGCGACGGGGAGAACAACCGCUACAAGGUGCACUUCACGGACCCGAGGGUCUGCAAAAGCUUCCUCCUGGCCUGCUGCCCGCACGACAUCCUGGCAUCCACGAGGAUGGACCUCGGGGACUGUCCCAAGAUCCACGACCUGGCUCUUCGGGCGGACUUCGAGAACGCCUCCCAGAAGAAGGAUUACUUCUACGACGUGGAUGCCAUGGAGCACCUCCAGAAUUUCAUUGGGGAGUGUGACCGGCGAACGGAGCAGUCCAAGAGGCGCCUGGCGGAGACCCAGGAAGAACUCAGCGCUGAAGUCACUCUCAAGCUGAACCGCGUGCACGAGCUGGCGGAGAGCAUGGGCAAGAAGCUGGCGGCGGCGGAGGCCAAGGGGGCGGAUGGGAACGUGGAGGAGUCCCUGAAACUCCUCGAGGAGGUGGAGGACAUCCGCCGGCGCAAGGCGGAGGCGGAGCAGGACUACCGCAACUCGAUGCCGGCCUCGUCGUACCAGCAGCAGAAGCUGAGGGUGUGCGACGUCUGCUCGGCCUACCUGGGCAUCCACGACAACGACCGGCGGCUGGCGGACCACUUCGGGGGCAAGCUGCACCUGGGCUUCAUCGCCAUCCGCGAGAAGCUGGACAGCCUUCGGCAGACGGUGACGGAGAAACGGGAGCGCCAGCGCAACGAGCAGCUGGCGGAGCGGGAGGCGGAGAGGAGGAUGGCAGGGGGACGGUGGAAGGGGGCGGAGGGAGGUGGGGAGAGGGCUCCCAGGUCGUCGAGGAGCCGGAGUCCCCCCGGGGGAGGAGCCAGAGGCGGAGGAGAGCGGCCCGUGAGGCGGAGCAGGUCACGGUCAAAGGAGCGCCAGCGGCGUUCGCGGUCGGACUCCCGCGGCGCCUCUUCUCGUCGGGCGUCACGAGGUUCGUCGCGGGAGCGCAGACGGGACCGGAGCCGCGACCGCUCGCGUCGUGACAAGGACCACAGGCGGUCGUCUCGAAGGGGUUCUUCCCGUGAGAGGAGACAGGAGCGACAAGACAGCGAGGAGAACCACAGGUUUGACAAGUGAUGAUCCCUGUUUUGGACAAUCGAAAGCUGACCAAGCGACGAUCGAAGACGGUGAUUGCGUUGUACAUAUUACCACAUAUUAUUGACAAAAAUCUCCCCCUCAUUUCAUAUCUAUUGUUUUUUCUUGUUUUUUUUUUCCUGUCAUGCUCUCCAAACAGUCUGUGCAAGUUGACUAAAAAAAAUAAACGUCUGGCGAAUCAAUUUUGCAGUUUUUGGCAAAGUCGGUUAUGGUCGUGGUACUCGCAAACUAUCCCGAAAGUUUCUUGUUUGUCCGGGAACGUCUGUUUGGUGGGGCCUCAAUCCCACCAAGCACACAAAAACACUGCUUACAAUACGGAUGUGCGAUAGCGAUUUUGGAGUUCAAAGCAAACAUUUCUUCCAUACAAGUAAUUUUGAAGUGAAGCGAAUAGUUUGUGGCAGUCAAUGCAGUUGUGUCUCAUUAAUAUGGACAGCUUUGUUUCCCAGGAAAAUUGUUCAUAAUAGUGAAUCAAGGUCAAGAUCACGAAUAACGAAGUGUGGCCACAAAAUCGGUUUGUUCGGAGCAAUAAAAAUGUUGAGACUCUCGAGUUGAAAAUUGGCAUUAGAGGAUGUUUUUGUCAUGUUUUAAAGUUUGCAGCUUAAUGCCGUUAGCACUUCAGAAAAAGCGUCGUUGUUUACCCUUUUGCCCGCAGUAACAGCAAAACCAUGACGCAGGAUGCAUUCUAGAAAUAAUUCGAGGCUUCUAGCUUUCAUAUCCGCGGUCUCCAGCUGCCCAUGGAUGCGUCGAACGUGUGUUAAAAAUGGGUGCAUUACGAAAUCGUCCAACGCUUCGUACAACACACCGGUUUGCUCGCAAGCUAUCUCGGAAGUCCCUGCUAAAUUGAGCAUUUUAAAGAAAAAAAGGAAAAAGACGACGGUGAUGCAUGUAUACUGUUUUCGUCAGUUUUGUUUUUUUUGUCUGAAUUAAGGGGUGACACUGGCUAGAAAUUUAACUUCUGAACUACACAAGUGAUUGGAAUGAAAUUUGCAGGGAAGAUUUGACAUAAGAUGUAGGUGUGAAAACUUUCAGGUUUUUAUGAAAAUCUUGCAUAGUUGCAUAGGAAGAUGCAUCACUUUUUGUUAAGAAAUUUAUGAUAUGCAAAUAAACCUACUAAGCAUCA